UUUACGGAAAAUAUCAGAGACACAUACGUGCAUUUCUAGAGUUUUCUUCUGAUCCCAAAUCGCUCUCUAGGGUUUCGCCGCCUCUAUCAGGAAAAAUCAUGCCUCGCCGAAGCUCUGGAAGAUCUGCUCCUCGCCCUGCCCCUCGUGCGGCCCCUCGUCCUGCUCCAGCUCCAGCACACCAUGCUCCUCCACCAGCUCCUAUGCAAAGUAGCGGUGGUGGAUCCAUGCUUGGUGGUAUUGGUUCUACCAUAGCUCAAGGGAUGGCCUUUGGUACUGGAAGUGCUGUGGCACACAGGGCUGUAGAUGCGGUCAUGGGUCCACGCACCAUUCAACACGAAACUGUUGCUUCCGAGGUACCUGCCGCAGCAGCUCCUACAAACAUCGGUGCGGGGUCUGAUGCUUGCAGUAUGCACUCUAAAGCAUUCCAAGACUGCAUCAAUAGCUCUGGAAGCGACAUUGGCAAGUGCCAAUUCUACAUGGACAUGUUGUCCGAGUGCAGGAGGAACUCAAUGCUGAAUGCUUAAGCUUCUUGGGCCGCAUUUUAAUAACUUUGAACUCAUUCUUAAUCUGAUUGUUGAAACAGCGAUGGAAUUAUGAUAAAAGGCUGGCUGGUAUUGAUGGAGCAAGUGAAUUAAGUUCUUGGUACCUCUUUUGGGUCAAAUAAUUUAUGCUGAAAUAUGAACUUUAGACUCCUUGAUUUUCAGUUUCAGCAUGCUUUAUAUGCUAUAAUGUGCUUCCUUUGGCUUUUCUUGAUUACUAGCCCGUUGUUGAGGACUUCUGUGACUGUCAGUAAAGUUUUAACUGCGACUAGCUGAUUUAUUAAAGAAUGCCAGGACUUAAUAGCUUUUGGUGUUUGAAGUACUGUAACCUGUGUAACUCACCGUCAUUGGUUCGGAUGGAAACAAUAUUCAGCCUCGAUUCCUAAUACAUUGUUAGGUAUCUGGGGCAUGUAAAAGAUUGCAUAA